GAGACUGAGCAAGUGGAUCCCACCGAUGCUUUCAAUGGCCUCAGUCAGAAUAAAAACACUGGUGCUGCUGUGAGAUCUGGUGCCGUUGUGCCUCGCUGUGUUCUUCUUCAGAGGCUGCCACAUCCAAAGCAGAUCAAACGCUGACCCCCGCCCAAAAAGAAAAGCAGAGUCAGCACUUUGCUCUGACCAGGGAUAUGUCUCUGGGUAGCUCCCCAGUGUUGGGGGUGCGCCCUGUGCCCCGACCCCUCUGGCUGUCCCACAUGGUCCCCUUGGUCAUAUGUGUGACUCUGUUGGCCCGGGCUUCUAAGGGUUUGCCUGUGGUUGGUUACAACACAGACUCCAAAAAAGAGAUCACGCUGGAAGGAGAUCUGAUGAUCGGCGGUCUCUUCCCCGUGCACCAGAAAGGUGAGGCCGCCGAGGACUGCGGGAAGAUCAACGCUCAGCGAGGAAUCCAGCGACUGGAAGCCAUGCUGCUCGCUCUUGAUGAAAUCAACAGGGACGAGCGCAUCUUGCCAGGGAUUCAUUUAGGAGCUCAUAUAUUGGACACGUGCUCCAAGGACACGUACGCUCUGGAGCAGUCGCUGGAGUUUGUCAGGGCUUCACUCACCAAAGUGGACGACAGUGAGUACACGUGCCCCGACGGAUCCUACGCCAUCCAUGAUGAAGUCCCGUUGGCCAUCUCCGGAGUUAUAGGAGGAUCGUACAGCGAUGUUUCCAUUCAGGUGGCCAACUUGCUACGCCUCUUUCAGAUCCCUCAGAUCAGUUAUGCCUCCACCAGUGCCAAACUCAGCGACAAGACUCGCUACGACUACUUCGCCCGUACCGUGCCCCCAGAUUUCUUCCAGGCUAAGGCGAUAGCCGAAAUCCUCCGUUACUUUAACUGGACGUACGUAUCGACCGUGGCCUCGGAAGGCGAUUACGGCGAGACUGGUAUCGACGCCUUUCAACAGGAGGCUCGAGCCCACCACAUCUGCAUCGCCACUUCGGCCAAGGUGAGCCGUUCCAUGAGCCGCUGGAGCUACGAGAACGUGAUCCGCUCCCUGCAGCAGAAGUCCAACGCCAAGGUGGUCAUUAUGUUUACGCGCAGCGAAGACGCCCGUGAGCUCCUGGUGGCGGCCAACCGCAUGAACGUCACCUUCACCUGGGUGGCCAGCGAUGGAUGGGGGGCACAGGAGAGUGUGGUGAGGGGCAGCGAAGCCGUUGCGGACGGCGCGUUCACCAUCGAGCUGGCCUCCUAUCAGAUCCCGCAGUUUAAUGACUACUUCACGGCUCUCCAUCCGUACAACAACACCAGGAAUCCUUGGUUCAGAGAGUUCUGGGAGAACCAAUUCCAGUGCAGCCUUCAUGAUUUAAGCUGUGGGAAGCACUCGCUGCGAGAGGCUCCAUUUCAACCCGAAUCCAAAAUUAUGUUUGUGGUGAAUGCAGUUUAUGCGAUGGCCACCGCGUUGCACAACAUGAGGCAGGCCUUGUGCCCGAACUCCACCAAGGUCUGCGAUGCUCUUAAGCCUGGCAAUGGCAGGAAGUUUUACAGGGACUAUAUCCUCAAGACCAAGUUUGAGGCACCAUUCCGUCCGCCAGAUACCGAGAAUUUUGUCCGCUUUGACUCCUUCGGAGACAGCUUCGGCCGCUACAACAUCUUCCACUAUCACAAGGUGGGCGGACGCUAUAGCUAUCGCAAGGUGGGCUACUGGGCUCAGGCCCUGAUCCUCAACACCAGCCUCAUCCCCUGGGCUGGCGCCCCCACCUCGCAGUGUAGCGAUCCUUGCAGGAAGAACGAGGUGAAGAGUAUGCAGCCCGGAGACGUGUGCUGCUGGAUCUGCAUCCCGUGUCAGUCUUACCAAUACUUGCAGGAUGAGUUCACGUGCGCCGACUGCAGUUUCGGACAGUGGCCUCUGGCUAAUCUGACAGGUUGCUACGACCUACCCGAGGAGUACAUCCGCUGGGAAGAUGCCUGGGCCAUUGGGCCCGUCAGCAUUUCCUGUCUGGGCAUGAUGAGCACGCUAUUCGUCAUUGGCCUCUUCCUCAAACACAACGAGACACCCGUGGUGAAAGCCAGUGGACGUGAGCUCUCCUACAUUCUCCUGAUGGGAGUGCUGAUGUGCUAUACAAUGACUUUCAUUUACAUCGCCAAACCUUCCACGGCGGUUUGCACGCUACGCCGCCUGGGCUUGGGAACCUCCUUUGCCGUGUGCUACUCAGCCCUCCUGACCAAGACCAAUCGCAUCGCUCGGAUCUUCAACGGGGUUAAAGGCGGGGCCCAGCGGCCGCGAUUUAUCAGCCCGGCCUCACAGGUGGCCAUCUGCGGAGGUUUGAUCUCCUGCCAAUUGGUGGUGGUGAUAGUCUGGCUGCUCGUGGAAGCUCCGGGGGUAAGAAAGGAAGUGAGUCCGGAGAAGAGGAACGUCGUCACCCUCAAGUGUAACAGCAAAGACUCCAGCAUGCUCAUGUCGCUCACCUACAACUGCAUCCUCAUCAUCCUCUGCACGGUUUACGCCUUCAAGACCCGCAAGUGCCCCGAAAACUUCAACGAAGCCAAGUUCAUUGGCUUCACCAUGUAUACAACCUGCAUCAUCUGGCUGGCGUUUCAGCCCAUUUUCUACGUCACCGCCAGUGACUUCAGGGUGCAGACCACUACGAUGUGCAUCUCUGUCAGUCUGAGCGGGUCGGUUGUCCUAGGCUGCCUCUUUGCCCCCAAAGUCCACAUCAUCCUAUUCCAGCCGCAGAAGAAUGUCAGCACUCUCAGGGUGGCCACCACCCGCUUCAGCGUCACCACUGGCCCCGGCUCCAGUUUCUCUCAAGCAUCGGUUUCCAACGUUGUUCCAACGGUGUGUAAUGGGCGAGAGGUGGUGGACUCCACGACGUCUUCCUUGUGAAGAUCAUCUUCUGCCAAGCGAUGUAAACCAUUAGAUAACUACUUGUCCUCAAACAGGUGUCUCAGAUAUUAAAGAGGACCAUUGUCCUGACUUUGUUGUCCUCAAAGUGCUGUGAGUACAAUGUCCCAAUUAUUUUUCUUCUGUUUUUCGAUUCAAAUAAAUUACUGAGUGAAUUAAUGCCAAUAAAGGUUACAUAGAGUAUUGCCC